CUGCAAGACAGAAAGACAGAGCAGAGCUAUCUAUUUAUAUCAUCCAACCCCAGGCUCUCUCUGUACAUCUCUCUCUCUCUCUCUCUCUAUCUAUCUAUCUAUAUAUAUAUAUCUCCAGAGUCUCCAUUUGAGACCAAGCUUUAAGAAGCUCCAUCAAAUUUGAAGGCAGAGAGAUAGUUGAUUUGAGACACCAAAAUGGGGAGAUUUUCAAUACCCAUCAUGAUUGGGUUUGUGGUGGUGUUAUUAAGCUUGUGGGUAGGCAUUACAGAAGAAGCAGAGUAUAUGAAAUACAACGACCCAAAACAGCCAUUGAAUGUUAGAAUCAAUGACCUAAUGAAACGAAUGACGGUGGAGGAGAAGAUUGGGCAGAUGGUGCAGAUUGAGCGCAAUGUUGCAUCAUCUGAUGUCAUGAAACAGUAUUUCAUUGGAAGUAUACUAAGUGGUGGAGGCAGUGUACCGGCUCCAAAGGCUUCUGCCGAAACUUGGGUUAAUAUGGUGAAUGAUUUUCAAAAGGGUGCUGUCUCUACCCGUCUUGGAAUUCCUAUGAUUUAUGGGAUCGAUGCUGUCCACGGCCACAACAAUGUCUAUGGUGCCACCAUUUUUCCUCAUAACGUUGGGCUCGGAGUUACCAGGGAUCCUAUACUUCUCAAGAAGAUUGGGGAAGCAACUGCACUUGAAGUUAGGGCUACAGGAAUCCCUUAUGUUUUCGCUCCAUGUAUUGCGGUCUGCAGGGAUCCAAGAUGGGGCCGGUGUUAUGAAAGCUAUAGUGAAGAUCAUAAGAUUGUUCAACAAAUGACUGAAAUCAUACCCGGCUUACAAGGCGAUCUCCCUACUGCAAAUUCUCAAAAGGGUGUUCCUUUUGUUUCCGGAAAGACAAGAGUUGCAGCCUGUGCUAAGCACUUUGUGGGAGAUGGUGGCACAACCAAGGGCAUAAAUGAGAACAACACCGUGAUUGACUUCCGCGGAUUGCUCAGCAUUCACAUGCCCGCAUACAUUGACUCUAUCAGGAAAGGUGUUGCGACAGUGAUGGUAUCUUACUCAAGCUGGAAUGGAGUAAAGAUGCACGCUAACCGUGACCUUGUCACUGGAUUUCUCAAAGACAAGCUCAAAUUCAGGGGUUUCGUCAUUUCAGAUUGGCAGGGUAUUGACAGAAUUACCUCCCCGCCCCAUGCUAACUACUCGUAUUCUGUUCAAGCUGGAGUCCUUGCUGGAAUCGACAUGGUCAUGGUCCCGAACGACUUUACAGAGUUCAUCAAUGAUUUGACCCUCCAGGUGAAGAACAAUAUCAUCCCAAUGAGCAGGAUUGACGAUGCUGUGAAGAGGAUCUUGAGGGUCAAAUUCGUCAUGGGACUCUUUGAAAAUCCAAUGGCUGACAAUAGCUUAGUCAACCAACUGGGAAGCAAGGAACAUAGAGAAUUGGCUAGGGAAGCUGUGAGGAAAUCACUCGUGCUUCUAAAGAACGGUAAAGCUGGUUAUAAGCCAAUGCUUCCGCUUCCCAAAAAGGUGCAAAAGAUACUUGUUGCUGGAAGUCAUGCCGACAACUUGGGUUAUCAGUGUGGAGGAUGGACAGUUGAAUGGCGGGGUGUUAGUGGCAAUGAUCUCAUAGUUGGUACAUCAAUCUUAACUGCUGUGAAAAACACUGUUGAUCCAACUACCCAAGUCAUCUACAACGAAAACCCAGACGCAGACUUUGUCAAGUCCAACCAAUUCGCCUACGCCAUUGUGGUCGUGGGUGAAGCAACCUACGUUGAGACAUUUGGCGAUAGCAUGAGCUUGACGAUGAUAGAUCCCGGGCCAAACACCAUAAAAAACGUAUGUGGUGCUGUUAAAUGCGUUGUCAUCGUCAUCUCUGGCCGCCCUGUUGUGAUUGAGCCCUAUGUCGCGACAAUGGAUGCUCUUGUCGCUGCCUGGCUUCCAGGAACUGAAGGCCAAGGCAUUGCUGAUGUUUUGUUUGGUGAUUAUGGAUUUACUGGCAAACUUGCGCGGACUUGGUUCAAGACGGUUGAUCAGUUGCCGAUGAAUGUGGGUGAUUCGCAUUAUGAUCCUCUGUUCCCAUUCGGGUUUGGUCUGACAACUCAACCUGUCAAGAAUUGAUAUCGAUGAUUCACAAUCGCAUCUAUUAUCCUCUGCUCUGUUCUUGGAAAACUAAUUGUUUUGAGUUGAUUUGUAGAGAAAAUUCCUAAUUCGGGUUUGUUUGGUGAUUAUGAUAUAUGAUUUUGGUGUUAACGAAGCCUAAUUCCUGUUUGUUCAAUUCAUAUAUAUGCGGAUAUAGUUAUGGUAGUUA